CGAUGGCGCCGCACGCGCUCUCGUCCGCGUCGUGGACGACCCCGACGCGACUCCCGUCGCGCCGAUGCCGCCGCGCGUCCGCCGCGCGGGGGCGUUUCGCCGCCUCGCCGUCGCCCCUCGUCGUCGCGCCGCGCGCGGGGGACUACCCCGCCCCCGAUCUCGACGUCCCCUCCAACCGGAACUACCAGGACGCCAAGGCGCUCUCCGCGAAGCUGACGCGCAACGUCGCGGACGUCGGCGCGUCGCACGCCCCGAAGCGCGUCGUCGUCGUCGGCGGCGGCCUCGCCGGGCUCUCGUGCGCCAAGUACCUCGCGGACGCGGGCCACGUCCCGAUCGUCAUCGAGCGAGGCGACGUCCUCGGCGGGAAAGUGAGCGCGUGGCGAGACGACGACGGCGACUGGAUCGAGACCGGCCUGCACAUCUUCUUCGGGGCGUACCCGAACAUGAUGAACUUGUUUGACGAGCUCGGGAUCGGGGACAGACUGCAGUGGAAAGAGCACGCGAUGACGUUCGCGAUGAGGGACUUCCCGGGCGAGUUCACGAAGUUCAACUUCCCGAAGGGCGUGCCGGCGCCGUUUAACAUGGCGUACGCGAUCCUAUCCAACGACCGGAUGCUGUCGCCGGCGGAGAAGCUCCGGACCGGCGCGCCGCUCGUGCCGAUGCUGCUGGGCGGGCAGGACUACAUCGACGCGCAGGACGAGCUCAGCGUCCAGGAGUGGAUGCGUCGGAACUUCAUGCCCGAACGCGUGCGCGAGGAGCUCUUCAUCGCGAUGGGAAAGGCGCUGGAUUUCAUCGACUCGGAUAAGCUCUCGAUGACGGUCAUCCUGACCGCGAUGAACCGGUUCAUCAACGAGACGCACGGGUCGAAGACGGCGUUUCUGGACGGGAACCAGCCCGACCGCCUGUGCGCGCCGAUGGCGGAGCACUUCGUGAGCAGAGGCGGAUCCGUGAGGCUCGGCGCUGGAAUGAAAAAGUUUUUGACGACGGACGACAGCGUGAGCGUGACCGGGAUCGAGCUCGUUAGCGGCGAGGUCGUGACCGGGGAUCACUACGUCAGCGCGAUGCCCGUGGACGCGCUGAAGCUGCUGCUUCCGGAGCCGUGGAAGCGCGCGCCGUUCUUCGCGCAGCUGAAGGAGCUCGAGGGCAUUCCGGUCAUCAACGUCCACCUCUGGUUCGAUCGAAAGCUGCGUCCGUACGACGGUCUCGUGUUCUCACGGUCGAAGUUGCUCUCCGUGUACGCGGACAUGUCCGAGUGCUGCGCGGAGUACGCGGACGCGGAGCGGUCGAUGCUCGAGUUGGUGUUCGCGCCGUGCGACGAGCGAGCGGGGAGCGACGUGAACUGGAUCGCGAAAUCCGACCAGGACAUCGUGGACGCGACCGUGGCGGAGUUGCGGAGGUUAUUCCCGAACGAGAUCAAAGCGGACGGCACCGGCGCGAAGGUUGUUAAGCACGCGGUCGUCAAGACGCCGCGGAGCGUCUACGCCGCGAUCCCCGGGCGGAACAAGUUCCGACCGAGCCAGCGGACGCCGAUCGAGAACUUCACGCUCGCGGGCGAUUUCACGUCUCAGAAAUUUCUCGGGAGCAUGGAGGGCGCGGUGUUGAGCGGGAAGCUCGCCGCGGAGGUGAUCGCGGAUCAGUACGCGGGGCGGGUCGGGAAGCCGAUCAAGGAAGUCGACGCGCGGUAUCGGUAGUCAGCGCUUCCUCGUCGUCGCAAACUUAAGGUACACC